AUGGCAUCAAAAUGGCCUCCUAUAAUUCAUGGAAGUCCUCUGGCAAUGUUUGAAGCAGUUCAUCUUCCUAAUGAGACUUUUGGAGAAUUAGAUCCUUUUUUUAUUAGAAAAUAUUUUAAGCAACUGGGUACUCAAUGGAAAUUGUAUGAUGGAGAUGGAAUUCCUCACCAGGUAGAGUUCAAUAUGUCAACUACCAAACCACUAAUAACAUUUGGUUGGCCAAGAAUUAGAAAUUAUUAUAAAUGGAAUGGAAAUCAAAGUCUUACAUUUCACUACUAUGGUCAAGAUACUUUUCUAAUGAUCGUUUGUGAGUUUGAACAAAAUGAGUCUCCAUCUUCUUUUCCUCAAUAUCAUAGUUUGAGUACAAAUCUUGAUGAUUAUCGUUCCUUCCUACUUGAAAUAAAAGAAUCCCAUCUGAAUUCCUCUAAAUUGGUUCUACCUCAUGAUUUUGGAAACCACCUAUCACUAUCAGAUUAUUCAGAAUUCAUCCUAUGCGGUGCUCAUCAUGAAAAUGUCACAUGCAAAUUCAUAAAACAUGGUGAAAAUGGUGUUGAGUUUACCUUUGAAAAAGGAUGGAAAAAAUGGUGUAAAUCAAUAACAUUGUUGAAGGAAAUAUAUUAG